UGCGAAUAGGCUGAGACGAAACAUUUUUGUCCCGACUUAUUUACAAUUCGAAGAAGCAUGGCUUCCGGUUGUGUAAAAAAGGUCGACCCCUACCGAAUGUUUAGUAAAUUGAAAUCAUUGAACGCAGUAGCAGGGGCCUGCAUACCAUCACUGUCCCAGCAAAAAACCUAUAAAACUGACAUAAAAGCUAAAGUGGUGAAUCCACGGCCAUUGACGGUCACAAGGAUAUAUGAGAAAAAAGUAAUUCUAAAAAAUGCAGAAGCAGCAGCAGCUUUGGCAAAGGAGGAAGAACUUUCUGAUAAAAAAGAGAAAAUCAAUGUGUAUAAAAGUUUUCAUCGAGAUAUAGCUGAGGACAAUGCAUUGAUGAAUCCAGAUUUUUUCAAAGUGAAAGAAAUGGUGGACCUGCAUACCUUGUUUAAGAACAGGGUGCAUUUUGGUCACCACCACGGUUGUAGGCAUCCCUUUGUGGUACCCUUUCUCUAUGGUGUUCGUCAAAACACAGAUAUUUUUGAUUUGGACAAAACACUACCGCGUCUGCACAAUGCUUUGAAUUUUAUUGCCCACAUGGUUUACAGGGGAGGUGUGGUGCUUUUUGUUUCCAGAAAUGCACAGACCAUGCCAUUAGUUGAACACACUGCUCAAAAGUGUGGCGAAUAUUCUCACUGUCGAUUCUGGAAAGGGGGUCUCCUUACGAACAUUGACUACCUUUACAAGAAUCUUACUAGGUAUCCCGAUGUUGUGGUGUUCAUUCACACUCAGAAUAAUUUCAGUCAUGAACAUGCUGCCAUAACAGAAUGUGCAAAAAUGUUAAUCCCAACUGUUGGAAUAGUGGACUCCAAUUGUAACCCAACACUGGUUACCUAUCCCGUUCCUGGGAAUGAUGAUUCUCUGGAUGCAGUGAAAUUGUACUGUAAACUGUUUGAAGAAACCAUAUUAAGGGCCAAAGAAUACAGAAAGAGGGAUAUUGAAGAACUGAGUGAUGAUAGUGAUGAAAGCUAAGAAUUGUGCAUCUGGUGCAUCCUUUUCCUAAUGAGAAUGAAAUUUAGGCAAAAAGUGUCAGAAACAUUUCUUCUAUCUUCAUCGUAUUUUACCUUUGCUGAAAAUGAAAAUUAAAAUGUACAUGUUUAAAGUCGGGCUUUGAUCAUAUUGACAAAAUAUCAGUGGUACAUGUACAGCCAAAUUGUGAUUUUACACAUUUUCAUGUAUUCUUUGUAAAAUAUGUUUGGUAACUGCAGAUUAAAAUAAUAUAAGUGUA